AUUAUGUUUCACCUGCCAGGUUGCUUUUUGCAGGUACUAGGAGUGACUAAAUCACAGGGAAACCCUAGCUAGAUCUUCUCUUCUUUUAAGCUACAACUCUCCCUUUCUUUUCUUUUCCUCAAGCAAACUAAGCCCUAGCUGGCUAGCUCUCCUUCAUAAACUGAUCUCAUCUCCAUUAAAAAUCUAACCAGCUCGAUCUCUAGCUUUCUUCAAAAAAACACCCCCACCAAAUUCAGCUCUCUCCUCCUCCUAUCCUCAUCAUCCCUCUCUCCUUGUUAUUUACUUGAGCUUGCAAUAUGGAGGAUAAAGGCCCUCUCGACUCUGUUCCGCCAUCUUCUGACCAUCUUUGCUACGUCCGCUGCAACUUCUGCAACACUGUUCUCGCGGUGGGAAUUCCAUGCAAGAGGACCCUGGAAACGGUGACAGUCAAGUGCGGACACUGCAGCAAUCUCUCGUUCCUCAGCACCCGGCCUCCGAUCCAAGGCCAGUGUCUCGACCACCACCUAAGCCUCCCGGGUUAUGGCACUGAGGUCAGGAAGGGACAAUCAUCCUCCUCAUCCUCGUCCACUUCAAGUGAGCCGCAGUCACCCAAGGCAGCACCAUUUGUUGCGAAACCACCAGAGAAGAAACACAGACUUCCUUCUGCUUACAACCGGUUCAUGAAAGAGGAGAUCCAGCGCAUCAAAGCGGCAAAUCCUGAGAUCCCGCACAGAGAGGCUUUCAGCACAGCGGCCAAAAACUGGGCAAGGUACAUUCCAAAUUCACCUUCAGGAUCUGCUUCUGGGAGCACCAGCAAUGAGUGAAAGUAAAGUAGAAUAUAUAUGCAUGCAUACGCCAUUGAUACUCGGCAACCGCAGAGUAAUCGAGACUCGUAUUGGCGCUAUCUUAGUCCUAUCUGCCUUGAGAUGCUUCCAGAGAUGAGCUUGUCUUGUAUAUCAUCAGAUAUUCCAAUCUCGUGCUAAUUCUCCUCUCUGUAUUUUGCUGCUGCUUCCUAAAUAAAUGAACUAGUCUCCUCCAUGUCUUCGGGCUUUUUGUAUGCUAUAAUAUGUGAUGAAUUCACUAUUUUAGUGAAGCAUAAGAAGUAUUCUCUACCCCUUUCUUGUGUUUGAAUCUUUUGGUGUCAUGUUCAUUUCUAAAUGGGAAAAAGACAUUUUGGGUCCUAGA